AUAGAAAGGCAUGAGCUGCUGAAAUAUUUACGAGACAAGAGAGACGCGCUAAUCGUUUUGGAAAUACAUUUCUUUUCAUACACAUUUAGGAUAUACUGCCUUCAGGUAACUGGACAACAUGCGCUUGCCAAAAUCAUGGGCUUACGCUGUCAGUUUGAUGCUGCUCUCCGUUAUCAGCUCAGCAAUGUGCGCCAGUCAUUACAGCUGUGAUGGAUCUCUGGCAUUGCUUUUGCCUGCAACCUCAUUUCAGAGCUCAUCACAUUUCUCGGACAGUCGUGCGGCGUACAUUUCCAGGCUGAACAAAAGAGAUGGAGGGGGUGGGUGGAGCCCAGAGUCAACAGACAGGUCACCCUGGCUGCAAGUUGACCUCCAGGACCGAAUGGAAGUGACAGCAGUGGCCACACAAGGUCGUCAUGGCAGCACAGACUGGGUCAGUGCCUAUAUGCUCCUCUACAGUGAUACGGGGCAUGUGUGGAAGCAGUACAUGUUGGAAGACACUGUUGGGAGGAUCGUGGGUAAUGUGAAUUCAGACAGUGUGGUCCACCAUAAACUCAACCAGUCUAUCAGAACCCGGUUCCUCCGGUUCAUUCCUUUGGAGUGGAGCCCCAGUGGUAGUGUGGGCCUCAGGGUGGAUGUGUAUGGCUGUGCAUACAGAUCAUAUGUGGCCGACUUUGAUGGCAGAAGCUCUUUGCUGUACCGAUUCAACCAGAAGUCUAUGAGCACUGUGAAAGAUGUUAUAUCACUGCGCUUUAAGAGUCGACAGGCAGAGGGUGUUUUAUUGCAUGGAGAAGGCCAGCGAGGAGAUUAUAUCACUCUGGAGCUACAUCGUGGGAGGCUGGCCUUGCAUCUAAACCUGGAUGACAGCAGGGUGAAGUCCAGCAAUGCUCGCAUGGUGGUCACUCUAGGAAGUCUCCUGGAUGAUCUGCACUGGCACUCUGUUCUGAUUGAACGCUUUAACAAGCAGGUCAACUUCACAUUGGACAGACACACUCAACACUUCAGGACCAAGGGUGAUGGAGACUCUCUAGAGGUUGACUAUGAGCUAAGCUUUGGUGGGAUACCACUGCCUGGUAAGCCUGGAACCUUCAUUAGACGUAACUUUUAUGGCUGCAUGGAAAACCUCUACUACAAUGGAGUGAACGUCAUCGACCUGGCGAAACGGCGCAAGCCUCAGAUAUACAGUGUGGGCAACGUGACCUUUUCCUGCUCUGAACCACUGCUGGUGGCUGCCACAUUUCAGAGCUCCAGCAGCAGCUUUCUGUCACUGCCUACACCUGCACCAGUCCUGGAGGGCCCUUCAGUGCGCCUGCAGUUUCGUACCUGGAACCCUGAUGGCCUGCUACUCUCCAGUCCACUAAUCUCUGCUCAGGAGCCUCGGUACCUAAUAUUGCAGAUCAACAGUGGACGCCUCCACUUAACACACCAGACAUCAACUCUGAAGAUGUCAGAAGUGCCAGCUGGACAGAGGGUGAAUGAUGGUUUGUGGCAUUCUGUGAGCCUCAACACUAGAGGACUACAGAUCAUCAUGACUCUAGACAAUGAGCCUGCAUCUACCAUCCAGCUGGACAAUUACUUGGAACCAAAAGACAAACACUAUUUUGGAGGAUGUCCUGCAUCCCAGAACGACUCCAGCUGCUUGAAUCCCACAAUGGCCUUUCAAGGUUGUUUCCGGCUCAUCCUUGUUAACAACCAACCUGUGGAUCUUAUGUUGGUCCAGCAAGGCCGUCUAGGCAGCUACAGUCAGCUACAGUUUGACUUAUGUGGUAUUCGUGACAGGUGUCUCUAUAAUUUUUGUGAGCAUGGUGGCCGUUGCUCCCAAACAUGGUCUUCUUUCUACUGUGAUUGCACUGGUACAGGAUACAGUGGAGCUACAUGCCAUAACUCUGUCUAUGAAGCUUCUUGUGAACACUACAGGCUUGCAGGCAGCACAUCUGGAUAUUUCUUUAUAGAUCCUGAUGGAAGUGGCCCUCUGGAUCCCAUUCAAGUCUACUGCAAUAUUACGGAGAACAAAGUGUGGACUGUGGUCCGUCACAACAGCUCAGAUGCUGUGAGAGUGCGAGGCUCUACUCUGCAGAAGCCACAUGUCAGAUGGCUCAAUUAUAGUGCCUCAUCUGAACAGCUGAAGGCCUUGGUGUCCCUGUCAGAUCACUGUGAACAGAGAAUCGCCUAUCACUGUAGAAGGUCGCGGCUGUUUAACCCCUGGGAUGGCACCCCUUUAUCCUGGUGGGUGGACCGCAGAGGAGAUAAGAGGACAUACUGGGGGGGAUUCCAGCCAGGGGUGCAACAGUGCUCUUGUGGUCUGGAAGAGAAAUGUGCUGACAUUAACUACUUUUGCAACUGUGAUGCAGACAGACUGUCAUGGGAGAAUGACACUGGUGUCCUCUCAUAUAAGGAACACUUACCAGUACAGGAGAUAGCAAUUGGUGAUACAUACAGACUGGGCUCUGAAGCCGUGUACGUCGUGGGACCUCUGCAGUGUUCUGGUGACAAGUCCUUGUGGAAUGCUGCUUCUUUUUAUCAAGAGGCUUCAUGUCUGCACUUCCCUGCCCUCCAGGCAGCGCUCUCCCUUGAUGUCUCCUUCUACUUCAAGACUGCCUUGCCCUCUGGGGUCUUUCUGGAGAACAUGGGCAUGCAAGAUUUCAUCAGAGUUGAACUGAGCUCUCCCUCAGCCGUGACUUUCUCCUUUGAUGUGGGUGACGGGCCAGUAAUCCUGACAGUGAAAUCUCCUGUGCCACUGAAUGACAGGCAGUGGCACUGGGUUCGAGCUGAACGCAAUGUGAAAGAGGCGUCAUUGCAGGUCGACCAGCUGCCCCUGCGGAUCAUUGAAACUCAACCUGAUGGACACCUUCGGCUUCAGCUUGGCAGCCAGCUGUUUGUUGGCGGCACAAAGCAGAGAGGCUUUCUUGGGUGUGUUCGAGCAUUUAACAUGAAUGGAGUGAAUUUUGACCUGGAGGAACGGGCCAAAGGGACACCAGGAGUAAGUUCGGGCUGUGCAGGUCACUGUAGCAGCUCAGCUGGUCUCUGCCACAAUCGCGGGAAAUGCAUUGAGAAAAGCAGCAGUUACGUAUGUGACUGCACCAACUCUGCCUAUGGGGGACCCUCUUGCACAGAAGAGGUAUCCAUGUCCUUUGAAAGAGGUGCAUCUGUUACCUACACAUUUCAGGAGCCAUUCUUCGUCAUGCAGAACAGAACAGCCACAGUGAUGUCUGUCCCCUCUCAGUAUAGCAAGUCCAGAGACAACAUGGCACUCAGUUUUCAAACCACCCAGAGUCCUGCCAUGCUGCUCACAGUCAACAUGCUCAGCCAGCAGUAUGUGGCAGUCAUCUUAGCACAGAACGGGAGUUUACAGAUCUGGUACCGACUGCAUAAGGAGAAGAGACCAGAUGUGUUCAGCCCCAUCUUGAGCAGUCUGUCAGAUGGGCGGCAGCAUAGAGUUCAUAUCCAGCGGGAGGGAAAGGAUGUGUUUGUUCAGGUUGACAAUGAAAAUAAGAAGUACGCCCUUUCAUACGAUACAGCAUUUAAUUCUAUGAAGUCACUGACCUUGGGAAAAGUGACAGGAAGUAAUGUAAUGGAUGAUGAGGUAACUCAUGCUGGAUCCAAAGGUUUCAUUGGCUGCUUCUCAUCUGUACAGUACAACCACGUUGCUCCACUAAAGGCAGCGUUAUUGAACCGAGGUAGCUCACUGGUCAGCAUACGAGGACGUUUAGUGGAGUCGAAUUGUGGGGCAUUAGCUGACCUUUCAACUUCUGUAUCUCGCUUAGAUCAUGGAGAGGAGGUGGGAAAAGAUAACGAGCAUCGUGAAGACGACAGCCAUCCUGAUUCAGCUGUGAUCGGAGGCGUGGCAACAGCUGUAGUCUUCAGUACCCUCUGUGUGCUGGGAGUGAUGGCCCGUUUCCUAUACCAGCAUCGACAAGCUCAAACAACUGCAAGACUCCAAGAAAAGGAGCACCAAUGUAGACUUGAAGCUGCUUACAGGGCAGAGUUUCACCUUCACAACUCUAUGAGAGACAGCAUGCAAGAGUACUACAUCUAACAAACUCUUGCUAGUAUUUGUAGCUUUCAGUUCAUCUUUGAGUUCCUCCUGCGUCUGCUUUAGCAAACCUUUGGUGAGGCCCUUUCUGUCCAGAAAAGAUCGUUAGUUGGAGAUUUCCUCACUUUGGGAAUGUUGGAAUCUUCUGAUCUAUGUAAGUAGUAGCUUGUAGUUUUCACCGUGCUUGCCCCAAUUGUUGGAUUAAUCAGCAUUAGGUAAAUUUUGGAAUGUGAGUGAUAUGUUAGGAGGUGUUUUUUAUAAUUUAAUUAUAUGCCCUCUGGAUAGGAACUGGAAUGGAAAGUGACACUGUCAUCAUAACAGGCUUUACUGCAUGAAUGCAGAUUCAGACUGUUAACUCCAGGAUAGACAUCUGUUAAUAAUAAAACAUGUAUUUGAAGCCUGGGAAAAUUUUUACUGAAGUUUGCCAGAAACAUCUACAAACUGGCAACAUUGUAAGCGGCAGGUACACAACAUCAGUCAUAAUACACUAGACAAAUACUACAAUGCUUUAGGUUGAGGACAGUACAAGGACCAGACUGUUAAAACCUGGCUUGUAAUUGUAUAUUCCUCAUAGCAUUGUUAAGAAUUAAAUACUGUAGUACAAUUUACAUUUGCCCAUAGAAAUUAAAAUAGUUUCGAAAAUUACACAAUACAGCUCUUUCUUUUUAUGAAAAAAGCUGCUAACAAAGACUAAACACAUUCAGUUAAAUGACAUAAUACAAACAUUUAAAAAAAUGUCCAGAAAUAUUGUAGAGUUCAACAUGAUACUUCCAGAUAAUACCCAUCUGUGUUAUGAUGUGAAAUAUCUGCCAUAUUGAUAACUAACAUAUCCUGACAUGUUUUUGAAAUCUUGUGUUUUUCUGAUGUAACAAUUUAAGUCAGCAUGCAGGUAAACAUGCCUGCAAUAAAAUAAAAUAAAAAUCUUUGUUGCUUAGAGGGAUAGUUCACCCCCCAAAAAAUGCUGUCAUCAUUUACUCACCCUUAUGUUGUUCCAACUCUUAUGACUUUCUUUCAGCCAUGGAACACAAAAGGAGAUGUUAAGCAGAAUGUUAGCCUCAGUCAACAUUGACUUUCUUUGCAUCUUUUUGCUAUACAUUGAAAGAGAAUGGUGACUGAGGCUAACAUUCUGCCUAACAUCUCAUUUUGUCUUCCAAAGAAGUAAAUUCAUAUGGUUUUAAAAAAUGAGGAUGAAUAAAUGAAUACAUUUUUUAGUGAAUUAUUCCUUUAAGACUCAUCUUAAUGUCUUCAUCAGUUGUGAACUGAUGGCGGAGAUUCCCCAACAUUUAACCUCAACACACAAAGUGACAUUACAGGACUUGUGAAUUGCCAUGGGAGUCGCUAAUGGUGUGAAUCACAAGCACAAAUGUGAAUUGGGGCCAAACUGUCUGGGAAAGGAGGAAAGGGCAGCUUUAUAGGUACUGUAGCUGAUAAGCAUUGUCACAGGAUCAUCCUAUGACAAUCUUGUUUCCCUUGUCCCAAACCUUAAAUGUCAGGGAAUCGCCACCAUCAGUUAACAAUAACAUGUCUAUCUGACCAGAUCAACUCUACAAUUCUACAAUGACUUGGAUAACUUAGAAAAUCAGGGAAUUCUGGACUAAAUAGAUAAUAGCUGUAGCCAUUAAUUCUUUAAUAUGAGCCUGUAAUUCAAAAUCAGUAUUUACACUUAAGAUUUUGUCAUGAUUUUGUCAUAGCCACCUCCAUGAAAGCAACAAGUUUAUCAAACUUAACACAAUAGUUGUUGUCAAACAUGCUUUUGUCAAAUACAUAAGAUACUCCAUGUAAGUGGCAAACAGCUGUUAUUUUAUUGGGACUGUAUUAUUUACUAACACUGAUAGCUGUAUCAUGUAGUACUGGUCUGACAGAUCUUUUUUCUUUCUCUUUGGAAACUGAAGUGUCCUUUCAUAUAAUUAUCUAUUAAACUAUUUUGUACCUCUAUUGAUAUCAAUUAUUUUAGGGACUGAUUUGUAUUAAUGUAAAUGUACAUGUAUAUUGUAAAUACAUGUUUAAUAAAAAAGACACUUUUUU